GUGGACGUACUCGUUUAGUAAGGACGUGGUCGAGACCUUAAACCGACGUACAUGUAAAAUGUAAAUGGUAAUUUCAAUAUUGGAAAGAGUUAACUGUGCAUUUCUAAAAAUCAGUGAAACCAUAUUAUAUUUAAACCACAAGGAACAACCAUGGAAGAGACAAAUAUAACAUCUUUGGGAAUGAAUGUGACUAAUUUCACUUUGGGGACAGGAAACCUUACCCAGGAUGAAUAUUAUUACUAUUACUAUUAUAACGAACCACCUCCCUACCAAGUCCGCCCUAUCGCCGUGGAGAUUCCAUUCAAGAGUUACGUGUACCCGAUUUUAGCCAUUGUUACCAUCCUUGGGAAUAUUCUGACAAUUUCCGUGUUUAUCAAGGAGCGGAUGCGGACCGCUACAUCUGUUCUUCUCAUAUGUCUCGCUGUUUCCGAUUCGGUCAUAUGUGCCGCGCUCCUCCCGAACUUUUUGUAUAUUUAUCCAACAGGAAACUUCAAGACAUAUGUUUUAUAUGAUUGGUGUGUGGCGCUGCAGAUAUUUUCCAACAUCUACCGCGUCGCGAGGACGUCUUCAAAUUGGAUCACGGCCGCCAUAGGCCUACAGCGGUACAUAAUAGUUCGAGUACCAUUCAAGGCCAAGCAUAUAUGUACUAUAAAGACGUCUUUGAUAACAUGCUUUGUCAUCACCAUAGCUUCAAUUUUGAUACAUCUGUUACAAUUCAUGGCUUUAGAAAUCACACCGUCGACACCGCCAUCAAUGCUGCAAAAUGUCACAAUGCCGACCGGAUGUGUCAAGCAGUUUCCGGUUUGGGUAAUUGAGACGUUUCAGGACAUGAAGAGAAUGGUCUGGAUGCACUACCUCUUCACUGGAAUCUUCUCUAGUCUCCUUCCCUGUGUGAUGCUUCUUGUAACCACAAUCCUCCUCGUCCUCCAACUCGGAAAGAGGCGAAAGAACCUCGGCAAGGACGGUUGCCAUGGAGACUCCUCUGAUAGGAACACAAGACGGGUGACAAGGUUUGUAGUCGCCAUCUUGAUUGUGUUUCUUCUUGCCGAAAUGCAAGAUGCAGUGGCGUUCUUCAUUUACGUUUACGAAAUAAGUUCCGACAAAGACCGGAAGGUGCUUUCACGAGAGGCGGAUGUGACGUGGGAUACAUUCACUGUCCUCGUGGCUCUACUCAGCUAUCAUGUAAAUUUUUGGAUAUACCUUCUCAUGAGUAAGCAGUUCCGGGUCGUGCUUCGCGCGCGAUUCUGUCCUAAGAAUGGUUUCCGGGUCAGCAAGAGGGACGAUAGACUGACAACUGCCUCGUUUUUGCCAGAGACCUCUACCUCACAGGUAUCGACUGCACAGAAGAGAGGCUGAACGUCACGUGAUUGAAAAUGUGUAUGCACGUGUAAAAAUUGAUUGUUAUAUAAAUUGUAAAGAAAAAAUCUACUUUUCACACUUGAUCAUUCGUAUUUGAUGCAAAUAUUACAAAUAAGCCAAUUCUUGAUUGAAUUAUGGUAUACUUUUUGACUCUCAUAAUUCGUAGUUCACGAAUUCAUGAUCACGAUACUAAUUCUUUUGUUGAAAGUGUUAUGCUUAAUAGCGAACAGCCGAGAUUUAUUGUGUUGAGAAAAGGCUUUAAUAAGAUUUGAAUAUGACUUUCAAUAACAUGCAUAACUAAGUCUUGUUUUGUUGAGUAAUUGAUAUAAUAUGUUGAGACAUUCGAUUGAUAGAAUAAAGUACAAUGUGUUUCUUUAAAUACAGAAUCAUGUGGUAGCCGAUAUCCCUGUGAUUAAAACUAUAAAUCAAACGAAAGACUGAACAACUGAAUUCUAUAAGUUGGAUAUUAUAGAUAAUAUAUUUAUUCCGAAUAUGCUUCAAUGAGUCCAAACCAAUUUCAUUUAAAUCAGAAAAAUAGGCAGUAAAUCUACAUAUUACCUCAUAAGAUGUCACUGCCGUUUCGUGUCUUAAAAUAGAUACAGUGUAAAUGUAUUUUCCCCACUUUGAGGUUACGCUAUAUUACUAGGAAAUGGUAUUUCAUAUACUUUUACAGUAAAAAAUCAUAGAAAUAUUAAAAGUAUAACGGUCACUUUUUUUCUGGAACACUCAUGAUCAGGGACUUACAAUUUCCAUGCACGUGCUUUGAUGCAUGGUAUAAUAGAACAUGAUGCAGGGUCAGAUAGACUUACCUCCCCUUUCCUGACUAUCGACUGCAACAAGUUUUCAAACAGUUGCAUGUAUUGUGUAUAUGGAAAAUGGUACAAGUAUUAAAGAUACGUAUCAAAA